UUAUUCAAGUUAAGAAUGGAACGGCAAAAGAUGACCUUUAUGGGAAACUCUUUUUUUAUCUUCAUGCGCUCGAACUUAGUCAAAAACUUAAAAUGAAAAGAUUUGAUCGUAUUUAUGUAUCAAAUAUUUGUGAUGAAAUUUAUUCAGGAAUUAAACCUGUAUUAACGAAAUUCCGACCACUUUUAAAUGAGAAAAAUCCAAAUUCAACAUUAAUUACUUUAUUAAUGAAUUGGUUACCUUCAAUUCCAGAUAAAUUUUUUAAAGAUACUUUAUCAAAAAAACAUUAUGAAAAAAAUACUUCAUCAUCAUUACAACAAACUUUUAACUCGAUUUUAACUAUAGCAAAUAAUACAGAGAAUGAAAUUAAUGCUUCAUAUAUUCAUACUAAUGAAUUUAAAAAAUAUAUGGAAAAGAUGAAUGUGAAUACAACUGCAAAAAAGGUUGGAUUAU